GGCCUCCUAUUCGAUGUCUGUGCUUUGCGUCUGGCUGUCUUCGCUGCUCCAACUCGGCCUUCUCUUUUAUCAAUCUUCCCUCAGCAACAGCCACACCCUGAUGCUUCACCACCACUUGGCACCUGCUGAGCACUUGAUCCACGAGCGCAUUUCUCUCUUGGUGCAUGCUCACGUGCGCCCUUUGUGCAUAUUCGCACAUUUGAAAACGCCACAUUCAAUCACCAGUUUUGCCCCCCGGUGGCGCGCGACUGUCGCUGGGGGCCUUUAGUGCGAUCGCCUUGCCCCAAUACUGCUGCACUUACGGUAACUGCUUUUGCCGUGGGAGGGGUCACAGGGCCCAACAACGGCGCUUAUUGUCAGCUGCAGCUCUCCCCCUGCCUGAUUCUCGUAACUACGCGCCCCUUGUGCCGCACUGCUGCCGAAACCCGCAGAGCACAUCCAAGCAGACGCUUCAGCAACGUCAGUGUCGGCAGCUCUUUGAGUCUGGUGAACCAUUCCCUCCCCGGUGACCCAGCAGGCAGGCAGGCAUGGCAGACAGUCGGCAGCCAGAGGAGCGCUGGGCCUCCAACGGCCAAGAAAACGGCGAGAAUGGCUACUCAGCCUACAGCUACGAGGAGAACGGAUUCCACGGUGGGGCAGCUGCGCAACCCAAUACAGCAGUGUGUGUGUCUCUCUCUCCCUCCACAGUGGAUGACUCAGCCAAUUUGCCUCCCUCCCCUCCUCCCUCUCCAUCCGCUGAGCAGAUGGGGCCAGCGGCGCAAGAUAAAGUAGAACCCGCCAGUGUCCUGCAACAGCAGGAUGAGGAUGAGGAGGAGGAAGUUGCCGUUUGCCAGGAGGAAGUGACAUGUGAGCAAGCGGGCAUCCUACUCUUAGAGCAGAAAGAUUUGGUAGCAGAAGCACAGGUUUUGGGCCACGAGCAAGCUCAAACAUCUGAGGCGCUCAAUGGAGGAAGUCAUCACAGGGAUCAUAGCCCUUCAAAAGCCCAACUCGAAGAAAAGAGCAGAAUGGAGUCCUGCGGGCAUGCAGAAAAGGCGGCAGCAAAGGAAAACAAAGAGAAAACUGUCUUAGUGAUCAAGUCAAUUCCAGAAUAUGGUGCCGAGGCAACGACUGAUACGUUUGUAGGCUUGGCCUCGAAAAGCUACUUUGAAUUUCUCACAUCAGAAACGGAACAAAGUGAAGAUGAAGUGAAGGGACAGAAGUGUUCAGUCACAGGAAGCUUUGACAAAUAUGUGGAGAGAAGCUCCUUUGUGAUGCCUUCAUCUGACGUCAUCACAACAUUACCUGAUGAGCAACCAAGAACCGACUGUGAAACGUUGAACCUGGCAAGCACCUUUCCUUAUCCCACCCUGCAGAAGACUGAGACUGUUGACACUAGACCAAAGUCCACACCCCAAAAUGUGGCUUCUCUGGUGGGGAAAUCUUUAGCCAAGCUCACCCUUGGGGAGCAGACUUUAAUACUGGUGAGUGAAGAAAAACACAUGGAGGACCUGGGCAGCUGUGUCUUUAAAGAAUACUCUGGACCAAUGCCUUCUCCGGCUGACAAGCCAAGUCCUGAGGACAUUUCUUACCAUUGUCUCCCUAUGAUGGAUUUUCAAGUAGACAACCUUGGAGCUGCCGAAGUUGAAGAUGAUCAAAAAUUACAAGAUAAUAACGUGUCUAAUCUUGGUAUAUCACAAAAAUCACCUUUACGGUCAAAGAUACUGGAAAAGGCUGUGACGAGCACAACAAAACCGGAUCGCCUCAGAAUCCCUAUGACGAGUCCAAAAGACAGACCAACUGAAUUUCGUUUGGGGAGCAGUCUACCUGGUGACAUAAAAAUACACACAAUUCCUGAAGUAGACAUUGAAAAAGACCCUUCAAGAGAAGCUUCUCCUGUCCCACCAGGCAGUUCCUUCACAUUUACAUCGACAGAAGCUGAAAGUGAGGUCCCCCUGACUCUCACCUCACCCAAAAGCCUCGACGAUGCAUCCCAAGAAGCACAGCUUUCUGAAGAGAAGGCAAGGGAUAUCUCAGCUGAGACUGUUGCAAAAAGCAAGCGUGGUGGGAUGAACAGGGGGCAGAUAGAGAAACCUGAACAUGAAAAAGACUGCAAGAAGUUGCUCAGUGAUCCCAAGACACCUGCAAGGUCAGAAACAAGAGAAAAGGAAGAUAUCCCCAAGGCCCUAAAGCCCUCUAAUGGAAUAAGUACACUCUACUUACAGAAAGUCUCACCAAAGCCACAAUUUCCCUCUCCAGUCAUAAUUAUACCUCAGGCACAAGUGCAAGAAGAGGAUGACGUAGAGGUUGUAGAAGAGAUCAUAUAUGAUGCUGAUGGGCCUGUGCUCCCCAAAGUGGAUCAGGAUGAGCCAGAACUGCUGAAAGUGGGUCAGGUGGUCCAGGGAAACAGCAGUGUUGGGCAACUAAAGAGAGAUUUUCACAGUCCCUUUGCAUUCUCUGACAAUGACCAACUGCCGCAGCAGCAGUUGGGUAAUGAAGAAAAGAUGGUUAGUUCAGAUGAUCUAACUGAAAUCAAAAAGGAGAAGGGAACUGGUGUGCAGGAUGACAAGUCCUCUAUGGAGAUAGGUCAGAAGGUCGAAGACACCACUCAAGCUCUUAAUGAUGGAGCUCCAGUGGACAUCUCCAUCUGUGACACAGACAGUAGCUGGAUUGAUUCAAAAGAUGAUGACAAAACUAUCAUGACAAAGCAAAUCAGAGCCACCCUCACCAUACUCGGGGUGGACACAACCUCAAAACAGGUCCCUGGCAGAGGAAGUAAAGUGUCACGCAAAGGUCCCAGCUUUCGUCUAAAAGAGGAGAUGAAGAAGAAAAAAGUAGGCGUCGUGCGGAGGGCGGACCAGAAUAAGGUCUCAGCCUUCCAGAGUCGAAAAAGUGUAGCCAAAGCUGUGGCCAGACAUCCUCGGCCAAUUCUGCUUCAGAGUUCCGCUAGACGCAAAGCCGCAGGUGUAGAAAGCUGUCAGCCUUUAAGUGUCCACCAGUCCAGGGAGAGACCCACUCCUUUGUCCUUAGAUUUGUCUCGACAGCGAAAAUGUAGCCCCACACGGCCUGUUCUGUCAAAAAUGGCAGUGCAGAGCCAGGGUUCUGAUGAGAAACCCCCACGCCCUGGCUCUGCAUGUAGCCUGAAACGGAGCCCCCAGGUGGAGGCGGUGCUCAGUGAGGCUCGGCCAGCCUCAGCAUGCUCCCGCUCUCCCCCUCAGAAAAACACACAGGAGAGAGCAUACCGCAGUCCAGAGAAGAGGUCAUCUCUCCCCAGGCCGUCCAAGUCACUGACCCGCCACCUUCCUGCAGCUGAACAAGAGGACAACAGCACCCCCAGCAGGCCAACUUCCAUCAACACCGAUGCCAAGGCUGACUGCAGGUCUGGGAGGGGCCCUAGUAUGGCAGGCACAGAUUCUGCACGUUCCUGGUCAGCCCGCAGCGGCACAUCUACCCCUGGAUCCUCUGCGGUUACGCCCGGCACGCCGCCCAGUUACUCCCGCACGCCUGGCUCGCGCACACCCGGCAGCCACACGCCCAAGUCCUUCAGCGUUCUCCAAGAGAAGAAGGUUGCGAUAAUCCGCACCCCGCCCAAGUCGCCAUCUUCAGCCCAGCGGCAGUUGAAGGUUCUCAACCAACCGCUUCCUGACCUCAAGAAUGUCAAGUCCAAGAUUGGAUCCACCACCAAUCUUAAACACCAACCCAAAGGUGGACAGGUGCAAAUUUUAAACGAGAAGCUGGAUUUCAGUCAUGUUCAGUCAAAGUGCGGCUCCAAGGAUAAUCUGAAGCACACGCCCAAAGGAGGCAAUGUCAUGAUUCCAAGUGUUAAACUGGACUAUAGCCACGUCCAGGCUAAAUGUGGCUCCCUGAACAAAAUCCAGUAUGCACCAGGCGGCGGAAACGUUCAAAUCCAAACCAACAAAAUCGACUUGAGCCACAUCACUUCCAAAUGUGGCUCCAUGUCCAACAUCCGCCACAGGCCAGGCGGAGGCAAUGUUCGGAUUGAGAAUGUGAAGCUGGACUUUAAAGACAAAGCUCAAUCCAAGGUCGGCUCGCUGGGCAACGCCAGCCACAUGCCAGGAGGAGGAAAUGUGAUGAUCGAGAGCCACAAGCUGAGCUUCCGUGAGUCCGCCAAAGCUCGGGUGGACCACGGUGCAGAAAUUGUUGUCACCCACUCCCCCGGGCUGGAGAUGGGAGGCACCUCACCUCACUUGUCCUCGGCCGGCAGCAUCAACCUCCUGGAGUCGCCACAGCUCUCCACACUGGCCCAAGAUGUCACCGCAGCACUGGCCAAGCAGGGCUUAUGAGCCGCUCGCUUUGGGUCACUCCUCCUCCCUAACAGUUUCAUUCAGUCAAAAGCAUCCAGUGUUUUCCCACGGCCCCCUCCAGACCCUCCACCUCGGCGGUUAUACUUUCCAAAGCGAUUUAAAAAGAGAAUCCUCCAAUUAUUGUUCGCUUCACAAAUUACUGUUUUCUUCUUUCAUUGGACUUGUGUGUACUUGUGCGGAAGAGGGCGUGUGCUCUAUGAUUGUACAGUGAUUUUUUUUUUAAAGCAUUGCCGCAUUGCUCUUGCAUGGGGACAACUCUUAAAGUAAACUGAAUUUGCAGUAACUUAGAAAACUGUUGAAACUGUGACAAAAGAACUACUAGCUUUGAAUAUGAGAAUCGGUUGAGCAUGUCUGUUAAAAGGAAUGUGGCAUUGAAAGAAAAAAAAAGAUGGUUUGUGGUGAUUUUAUGGUACGUAAUGACCUGUUGGAAAAUGUGUGUUUAUGUGUUUUUAUAUUUCACUGUAGUUUUGUAUGGUGGCUACAGCUGCAGUUCUCAAAUAGAGUUAUUUUAUUUCCUGCAAUUGAAUUAUUAUUUCUCUGCUUUUAAAUGAGCAUCGUUGUUGAGUAUUCAAAAGGUCUUUUUAGAACAGUGAUUUCAAAGGCCCCUUAUCACUUGAGGGCCUUUAUUCCGCUACAGAGACAAAGGGAAAAUGAAAGCGUGCGCUUGUGUGUACAAACAUUCCAUUUGAGUGUGUAUGUGAUAGAACCAGUGCAUUGUAGAGAAAUGAAGAGUGCACGGAACGCUCAACGUGCAGCUGUAAUAAGUUCCAAACUGUUUUAGUGUGUUCUUCACUCACUGUUGUGAAUGUCCCACCCUGAUGUUACCUCCCCUCCAGUGUUUAUCUGCACCUGUGUAAGUGUAUUUAAAAUAUCAUGUUUUCAAUGUUUUCAUGGGUAAAUGCUUCCAUGGAAAACAGUGGCAAAGGAAAUAAAGAAGACUGAAAGUAA